AACAAGUUGCGAUUUGGAAUUUGGUUUAUGAAGGUCGGUUAGGUCGUGCCGGUUUCAAUUAAAACUUGGAAGUCCUAAAUUUUUAAAGUAUUUUUAAAAUAUUAAUAAUAUAUUCAAAUAUGUUCUCGCGAGUACUUAAACCUGUGGCUUCUGUAGCUGUACAAAAUGGUGCUAAUAAUUUUUCCACUUCAAGCACGAAAAACUUCAAAGUGGUGGUAGCCGGUGCUGCUGGUGGUAUCGGUCAGCCUUUAGCUCUACUUUUGAAGCAGAAUCCACUAGUAACAAGACUCGCUCUGUAUGAUAUCGCUCCAGUCACCCCAGGGGUUGGAGUGGACCUGUCCCACAUGGAUACCCCAGCCAAGGUCACUGGACACAAGGGACCCGAAGAACUUGGUGCUGCAGUUCAAGAUGCUGAUGUUGUGGUUAUCCCUGCUGGUGUACCCCGCAAGCCUGGUAUGACCCGAGAUGAUCUCUUCAACACCAAUGCCUCUAUUGUCAGAGACCUUGCCGCUUGUGUUGCAGCCAAAGCACCUAAAGCAAUUCUGGCCAUUAUAACCAAUCCUGUCAACUCAAUGGUACCCAUUGCAUCAGAGGUUUUGAAAAAGGCAGGCGUGUACGACCCAGCUCGUGUACUGGGUGUUACGACCCUCGACGUGGUCCGCGCGGCCGCCUUCAUUGGAGAGAUCAACGGAGUGGACCCGCGCUCCGUCACCAUCCCCGUGAUUGGUGGCCACUCCGGGGUCACCAUCAUCCCGCUGCUCAGCCAGAGCCAGCCCGCAGUCAAGUUGUCAGACCAGGCCAAGAUCAAGGCCCUCACUGAGAGGAUUCAGGAAGCUGGUACUGAGGUAGUGAAAGCCAAGGCUGGCGGCGGUUCAGCCACACUCUCGAUGGCGUACGCGGGCGCUCGUCUCACCAACUCUGUCCUCAGAGGACUUAAGGGUGAAUCCAAUGUGGUGGAGUGUGCCUACAUUAAGUCAGAUCUCACGGAGGCAGCUUACUUCGCAAACCCAGUCCUUUUGGGCAAGAAUGGAGUGGAGAAGAACCUAGGAUACGGAAAACUUAACGAAUUUGAACAGCAACUGUUGAAGGCUGCCAUCCCCGAACUGUUGAAGAACAUCAAAACCGGAGAGGAAUUUGUCAAGAAGUAAACGAAUCAGUUAGUGAUCAAGACAAGCGAAAGUGUAGGUUUAAGUAAAUUAGUAAUUCUAUAGUAACAUGAUAUUGAAUGUAAGUAGAACAAUUAUUAUAUGAAUGAUUCUUCAGUAGUGUGAUAUCGGAAUAUCAUAUUUAUAUUAAAAUCCUGUUUUUCAUAAUUAAAGAAAACUUUUUUGCUUUAAAUUUUUGCUGAAAUUGUUUUUUAUUAGUUUUUAUCCUCGCAGAUGUCAAAAUUUUUAUAAAAAAUGUAUGUAUAUCAUCGAUUGAAAAAUGAUUUAUAUGAAUAGGUAUUUCAGUAAAUUUACUUUACUUGCAUUUUAAAUCAAGUAAUAUUUUAUAAGUUAUUUAUUUCUGCUUGUUUUCGGUUACAAAGUAACAACACUGCAAGUGUAAAUAGUGUGAUUAUAUUGUGUUUAUGUAUUUCUGAAUAAAUUUUUUAUAUAGAACAA